AGGGGGACCUUAAAUUCCUUUUAAAACUCCUACUAAUCACACUGCUGCGCCAGCCAAAGGAAGCUCGACUUUAGAGGAAGCUCCAAACAUUUCAAGGCUGGAGCGUGUGCGGGACUUGACGUGACGCUAUAGUGGGACUGGCUUUUUCUCCACUCUGCCUGCAUUCAUAAACGGAUAUGAUAAACCAGCUCUGAAUGCACCGGAGCAGCGACAAAAGUCAGCUCUGACCAUGGCGGAAGACGACGACGCUAAGAUACGGAUUUUACAGAGCCUGCGGGGUAAAAUAUGUGAAGCUAAAAACCUGGGUUCUGUCUCGGGUCCAAAUCGACAAAGGGAUCUCUGUACUUUUUGCACCAUAAGUCUGGAUCAAGAGGAGGUGUUCCGCACUAAGGUGUUUGACAAGAGCGUCUGCCCUUUCUACGGAGAGGACUUCUACUUUGAGAUCCCACGCCCAUUUCAGUGUUUAUCCUUCUAUGUUUAUGCCAAGAGUGUUUUCCAAAGGGACCUACCUGUUGGCAAGGUGUCCAUCCGGAAGGAUGACCUAUGUAAAUACAGUGGGAAGGAGAACUGGUUUAGCCUUCAAACAGUAGAUCCUAAUUCAGAAGUCCAGGGCAAGGUUCACCUGGAGAUGCGAUUGAGUGAAGUGAUCACAGAGAACGGAUCAACAGGCCAACACAUAUCAGUCCGGAUAAUUGAGUGCAAGGAACUGCCUUUGAUCAGUGGGCAGAACUGUGACCCCUAUGCUACCGUGUCACUUGUCGGACCUGCCAGGUCUGAUCAGAAGAAAACAAAGGUAAAGAAGAAAACCAGCAACCCUCAUUUUGAAGAGACCUUCUUCUUUGAGGUCACACGGUCCUACUCCAGGAGGACUCAAUUCAACGUGGAGGAGGAGGACAUCGAAAAACUUGAGAUCAAAGUUGAUUUGUGGAACAAUGAGAAUCUGGCUCAGGAUGUUUUUCUGGGGGAAACACGGGUUCCUGUCAAGAUCCUACAAAGCGACCACAUUCACAAAGCCUGGUAUCUCCUUCAGCCAAAAGGGAACGGCAACAAAUCCAAGUCUGAUGAUUUAGGAUCCUUGCGUUUGAAGCUGACCUACAUAGAAGACACAGUGCUGCCAUCUGCCUGCUACACGCCACUCUGCACCCUGCUGCUCAAAUCCCCAGAUGUGAAGCCCAUCUCAGCAUCAGCAGCACACAUCCUGGGGGACAUUUGCAGAGAGCGAUACGAGGUCGUUCUGCCGAUGGUCCGACUGCUGCUCCACAACAAUCGCUUCGUGCCUUUUGUCUCUGCUGUGGCAGCACUGGAGCUGGACAACACUCAGGAGGCUAACACUAUAUUCCGUGGCAACUCGCUGGCAACGCGCUGCAUCGAUGACAUGAUGAAGAUUGUGGGAAAGAAUUACCUAUCUGUCACCUUGAAGCCUGUAAUAGAUGAGAUUUGUGAAUCCAACAAAACCUGUGAGAUAGACCCUAUUAAACUAAAGGAAGGUGACAAUGUAGAGGUCAACAAGGAAAACCUGCAGGGUUACGUCCAGAAAGUCUUCUCCUCCAUCACCCAGUCAAGUUCUAACUGCCCACCACUAAUGUGUGACGUCUUCAGGUCUCUGAGGCAUUUGGCCUGCAAACGCUUUCCAGGCGACCCACAUGUUCAGUACUCAGCCGUCAGCAGCUUUGUGUUUCUGCGCUUUUUUGCUGUCGCUGUUCUCUCUCCUCACUCUUUUCAACUGCGUUCCCAUCAUCCUGAUCCCGAGAUUUCCCGGACGCUCACACUCAUCUCAAAAACCAUUCAGACUCUCGGCAGCUGGGGUAGCUUGUCAAAAAAGCUGUCCAGUUUUAAAGAAACCUAUAUGUAUGACUUCUUCAAAUCAUUCCAGGAAGAGAAGUGUAUCGAAAAAGUUAAAAAGUUUCUGGAUGAAAUCUCCUCCAACGUCAGUAAGGAGUCCAGUGGGCUGGAAGACGCUGUCGUUCUCAAGGAGGGGGAAGUACAGAAACGUGCUCAGGGGAGAAAACCCCCUGGAAUGAAAACGUUUAAGAAGAGGUGGCUCAGACUGACCAACAGGGAGCUCUCCUACCACAAACAUAAAGGGAAAGAUGCCGACCGCACCAUUAAUGUCAAAAAUAUCCGGGCGGUGGAGAAAGUGGAUGAAAGUGCCUUUAACCGCAAAAAUAUGUUUCAGGUGGUCCACUCUGAGAAGCCUCUUUACGUCCAGGCUGGAAACUGUGUGGAAGCCAGCGAGUGGCUGGAGGUCCUGAGCCAGGUCAGUCGUUGCAACGAGGGACGCCUGGCCACUUUCCACCCGUCAAACUACACCAGCGGGGCCUGGCAGUGCUGCCAAAGCCUGAGUAGCAACGCUCCAGGCUGCAAGCCCUGCACAACCACCAUGCUGGCCAACCUGCAGCUGGAUAUAGACUGUGACCGAGAAGCAGAGAGAAUUUUCUCACUCCUCUCAGCAAACGACACAAAGCUUCAGAGCAUGGAGGCUGUCCUUUGUGGGAUCAGCCAUCAAAGCAAUCAACAUGCCUGUGCCAGUUUGGCAGUGUAUCAGGGCCCCCAGCGAGAGCCGGAGGAAUACUCAAAGUUCACCAUUCAGGAACCCAAAGAGACCUUUCACACACUGAAACAGCUCCGAAACAUCAUGGAGGAGCUGCAGCGGCAGCACAAUAGCAGGAAUGACGUACGGCAGUACGGCAGCCUUGACAACCCCAUAGUGGGAAAAACCUCUUAACCUGGCUGGGGCGAUCUGGUCCAAAAGCAGCCACGCCUGCAUCACAACAAAGCGCCUACGUUGUCCAUUAGAAGCCCCAGGAGCUGUGCCAGUGAGAAAAGGUGCGACCAGGUGAAUGAUACGCCACCUGACCUCCACAUGUCAUGAGUCCACUACAGCAGUGACAGCCCGAGAAGGGGAGCCAGAACAAGCUUGUGAGCUUGACCAGGAUCGCACCUUCAUCCUCGAAAGGAAUGAACCCUUAGGUGUUUUUUCUUUUUUUCUUUUUUUUUUGAAGUAUGUUGCCUCAUCUCCUCCCCGUCCUCUGCAGUGAAGGUCACAGAUUCUAUCCGUGUCUUAACUUAUGUCCCCCUUUUUACGUACAGCUGUGUGAAAUGGGCAUCAUUAGAUGGUGUGUGAAUAGGCUGCUAAUUUUUUCUUUUAUUCACAGAGUUUUAUACGAACAGCUGUAAUGAUGCUCUCCUCUCAUCUGUGAACAUCUGUCUUUACAGUUGAUUCCUAAUCACCAAUCUGGAGGCCCCUCCCCCCCGUAAACUUCAGUCUUUUCUCCUCCUCCUGAACAAAUGUAAAUGUAUAUUUUCAAAGAACAUUUAAACCGGUCUGCCUUACUUUGACGGAUGUUUCUUUCACAUCAAAUGCUGAGGGAAUAAUGCAAAAGCACUUUAAAUAUUUGGAGCACUCCAAAUAGAAAAUGAUUGGAUACUUGGUAUCAGCUUUCCCCAUUUUGAUCAGUUACAUGAUCCUUUGUUUCAUUCCUGUACAAUAACAUUUAUAGCCUGUAGAUUUUAAGAUAUUUUUCUUGACCAAAGACGAUUUCAUAGGUUUGAACAUGAACUUGAAGAAAUUAAUGUAUUUUGAAUACAAAUGGUUUAAAAAUGGAGAUAAAUAAGAUGAAUAUAUAUAAAUAUAUAUAUGUUUGGUUUAUGUGUACGUUUUUGCUAACAUAUCCUUUACUUUUUAGUGACUUAAGGCAAGCAGUUUGCAUGCGUUCAGUUUUGAAUCCUGAUAGCACGACUGUAGUGAAGAGUUGUAUUUCCCUGUGAUUGUGAAUCGUAUCGGUACGGUGUGCGUCAGAUCUGUGCUGUCGUGUUGAGAGCCUUGAAACCUUACUAACAGUGGCUUAUGUAAGAAAUGAUGUUCAACCUGCAGAGAGGAACCAAUUGGAAUAACAAAAUCGCCCCUGUCUUUCACGCUUUAGUCCAGACAAUCUCCGCCAGUGCGCACGUUAUGUCCUCCUUCUUUACUAUCGCGGCUCCAGCUGUUUUGUUUCAUCGUCUUUAGGGAAUUUUCUUGAAAUGUGGCACAGCUGUUUGCCACAGCACUCUGCUGCAAUGACCAGUAGAGAAACGUCUGUGUAGUAAAGGGAAAAAUAUGAUGUUAUUACAAACUGUCAGACUCUUAAAGUUACUCAUAUUCUAGCAUGCAUGUCCUGCAGGAGUAGGGUUGCAUCAGAUGAACAAAGCAAUAGCAAAUAAUCAAGAUUGAUUGCGUAAAAUAGAGAUUAUCAAAUUUACUUUGUGGGUCUUACUCCAUUUUAAUUGAAUUCAGUUUGUUUGUAACUGACACAAACCAGCUCCUCAAUUUUAUUUUUUAAGUGGUAACCAGCAAAAUUUCCCCCCAGUUAGGCUGAUUUUGAUUAUCAGUCGGAGGAUUGUUUUGUUUUUUUGGGGGGGGGGAUUUUUGUUCAUUUUUUCCCUCUGAAAGAACCAGUGAACAAUCACUUUGAUUCAGUCUUGAUUUUUGAGUUCUUUUUUUGUUCCUUCCUGUGGUUUUGAGUCUGCUUCCCAUUUGAACGAUGAAGUGUUGAAUAGAGACAAAAUUAAAGUGGACCUGUUAUGCUUCUAAAUUCUCUCAUAUACUUACAGGUUUAAUUGUGGGUGCUCAUAUAAACAAGUGUAUGCAGAGUUAAAAGUUCACACUGCUCUACAUUCACUGUUUCAGAGGUUGUUUUGUUGUGUUUUUUCUACUCAUGGAUGGUGAUGAUGUCAGAGAGUGGAUAUCCCCUUAUAUGGUCAUCUCAGCUCCAUAUAGGGGGAUAUCUAGGGCAUCCAAUCAGAAGGAAGGAUUUCACAAAGCCUUAAAGAGACAAACGCUCAAACAGGUUAUUUUAGGUAGACGAUCAAAUGAGAAGAAAUACAAACAUGGAGCAGUGAAAGAGCAUAACGGGUCUCCUUUGAACAUCUAAAGUUUAAACAUUGAAUGCUGAUAUUACAGGGUUAACUGUGUCUUUUCUUUUAUUUGUCUGUGAUUGUUUUCAUGAGUUGUGUCUUUGGUCCAUUAUCUAUUUCUAACUUGCAUGUCUUGUACAUUUAACAAUAUAUUUUUCUAGGAAAAUGUUUUGUACCUUUUUUUUUUCUCUCUUUUAAACACUGAUUUUAAUGUAUUACUCAGCUGGUACUUUUGUUCUCAGUCUGUCGACUUCGUCAAGGCUGGAUGCUUUCUGCUUUUGUGUUUUUUUUGUUGUUGUUUUGUGUGUGUUUUCUAUGCCCGUGCGCACUCCUUAUUGGCUCCUCGUGGCCAUAACUCCCUCAAAACUCCCUCUCGUUGAAGCUGAUUAACACAGUGUUACUGCGGUGAAUGUCGCGUGUUCACGUGCACGUCAGUAGUGAACAACGUGCCUGAUCGGAGCCAAAAUAAAACUGUAAAGUGAUUUCACGCCGAUUCGGUUAAUGGACUUUGCUUAUGAUUUGAGUGACGCUGAAUAAAAACAAAUCUCUGAUGUCAAACUUCGACAUCUGAAUCGGAAAGCUAGCGUAGAAUCAAUUGUUGUUGUAUCGCAUAAGCUUGCAUGCUAACUCCAUUGCUAGUUUUAAUAAGGCCAGUAAACUAGAGGGUGGUGUAUGUGUGCUUAUUUUCAUAAAACGUGAACGGGGUGGGGUUGUUUUAAUCUGUCUGAUUUUAAUAGGGGAAGUUUCUUCAUUUGUUUGUUGUUAUAAACGAUCUCUAUGUGGAAACAUGUGACUUUCCUGUUGGACUACAGCCAGCUUCAUUUCAUAAGAUUACCAAACAGGAAGGGAAAUGUCCAUAUGUGCUUUGAUCUAUCAGGUGAACACAGGGGAAAUUAAGGUAUUAGCCAACAUGCAGAUCUGAUAUGGCUCUUAAGAAGGACCAAAAUCUGAUAUCACUGCAGUUUGUUUUUGCAGGUGUAUCUGAAACAAUCUUUUCUUUUUUUUUUUUUUUUUUUUUCUCCUGCCAAUCAGAUUGUUCUGUGUCAAAGCAAAGUGUGAGUGCAGAUGACCGUCUGAAGGCUUUGUAGAAUUUUUUUUCUUUCUUUUUUUUUUUAAAGCUAAAGUCUCUUCUUGUCCAGUAAACGGUGAGCAGUUCGAUGUUAUCGUCACAUCUCCAGCUCGUUUCUUCUGAAUGUCUGUUAUUUUUAUACACAUUAAACAUUUUAUUUUUCCAUAAAUGGUCUAUUCUGUGUCUCUUCAUAAUAAAAACAC